UCUAACUACAGGCAUGGGAUUGGUAAUUACUGGAAAUUAUAAAGAAAGUGCAUUUUUGUGUUUUUGAGUCCAUUAAACUAGGGUUGAUAGGAGGGUCGGGUCAGAGACCAAGAGGCUUUUGCAAAACUCUAAUCUGAGCAAUGCGCAAAUGUUGAAGCUCUUGCCGCCAAAACACAUACCCUUCUGCUCCAGGAACUCACCCACCUUAUCAAAACCAGUUUCUUCUUCUUCUUCAAAUGAUUUGACAAAUACUAUACUCAACUGCGAAACCCCAAGGCAAGCCCUCGAGUCCUUCAAUUUCGCAAUUAACCAAAUUGGACCCAGAACAAAUCCCCAGCUUUAUUCAGCGAUCGUUCAUUUCUUAGUGGGGGCUAAGCUGUACUGUAAAGCACGGUACUUGCUGAAAGACCUCAUCCUUGAGCUCCAAAAGUUCUGCAAACCCCGUCGUGCUUGUCACCUGACAUUCAAUGCCCUUAGCCGCUUAGAGAGCUCGAGAUUCACUCCCAACGUGUUUGGAAGUUUGAUCAUUGCUUUAUCUGAGAUGGGUCUGGUCGACGAAGGCUUGUGGGUGUACCACAAGAUCGGAGCUUUGCCCGCGAUUCAGGCUUGCAAUGCUCUAUUGGGUGGGUUGGUCGAGGUGGCUCGGUUUGAUUCAAUGUGGGAGCUUUACAGGGAAAUGGGUUCUCGCGGAUUUUCUCCAAAUGUGGUAAGCUAUGGUGUGUUGAUUGAUUGCUGUUGCAAGAAAGGUGAUGUUUUGCAUGCCCGUGAGUUGUUUGAUGAAAUGGGUGAGAGAGGGAUUUAUCCGACGGUUGUAAUCUAUACAACUCUUAUUCAUGGAUUAUGCAGUAAGAGUAAAAUGGUGGAAGCAGAAAGUAUGUUUGAGGCAAUGCGGGAAGCCGGUGUGCUGCCCAAUUUGUAUACUUACAAUUCUUUGAUUGAUGGGUAUUGCAAAUUGGCCAAUAUCAAACAAGCCCUUGCCUUAUACCGCAAUAUGCUAGAUGAUGGAGUGCGGCCAAACGUUGUAACAUUUGGUAUACUAGUUGAUGGACUGUGCAAAGUAGGUGAACUUACAACUGCGAGGAACUUUUUUGCAUCUAUGGCCAAGUUUGGUGUUCGUCCUAAUAUAUUUGUGUCUAAUUGUUUGAUUGAUGGACACUGUAAGGCAGAAAAGUUGUAUGAGGCAAUGGAAUUUUAUUUGGAGAUGGAGAAGCAUGGAAUUCCACCAGAUGUUUUCACUUACAACAUACUGAUUAAGGGGCUCUGUGUUGUGGGUAGAGUUGAAGAAGCAAAUGGCUUGUUGCUAAAAAUGAACGAAGAAGGUGUGAUUGCAAAUUCUGUGACAUAUAAUUCGUUGAUUGAUGGGUACUGUAAAGAAGGCAAUUUAGAGAAGGCUCUAGAGGUGUGUUCUCAAAUGACGGAAAAUGGUGUAGAACCCAAUGUAAUUACCUUCUCUACAUUGAUUGAUGGUUAUUGCAAGACAGGGAACAUGAACGCUGCGAUGGGUAUGUACUCAGAAAUGGUAAUUAAGGGCCUUUUGCCUGAUGUGGUAGCUUUUACUGCUUUGAUUGACGGGCAUUGUAAAAAUAAUAACAUGAAAGAGGCUCUAAGGCUGCAGAAAGAGAUGCUAGAGGUAGGCCUCACCCCCAAUCUUUUAACCGUUAGUUGCUUAAUAGAUGGGCUCUUUAAGGAUGGAAGAACUUCUGAUGCAAUCAAACUUUUCUUGGAGAAAACUAGAUCAAACCCUUUAAUUAGUGAAGGCAGCAAAAGUGAUUGUUGCUUUUGCUCCCCAGAUCAUGUGCUGUAUACAGCAGUAAUUCAAGGUUUGUGCAAAGAUGGCCAGAUUUUCAAGGCAACUAAGUUUUUCUCGGACAUGAGAUGCUAUGGUUUAAGACCAGAUGUCCUCACUUACAUUGUCAUUCUAAAGGGGCAAUUCCAAGCCAAGCAUAAACUUAAUGUGAUGCUGCUGCAUGCAGAUAUGAUAAAGAUAGGUAUCAUGCCAAAUGCAGUUCUAGAUUUGAUCUUAACUCGGGGUUAUAGAGCAAAUGUAGAGUUAAAAUCAUUCCUCAGGUGUUCCAAUGAUUAGAUGGAAUUUCUUUUGCCGGCUUAGGUGUGUUGAAUUGGGAGAAUCUAAAGCAGGAAAUUAAUGUGGUUGUAAAAGGCAAAGGAAUGGGAUGAUAUAUCAAGCUUUGGACAAGCAAUAUUAUCAGCAGGAAGAUAUAGAUUCUUUGAAUGGCCUAAGACAUUUCAUAAGAAGAUACAAAUGAAUUAGGUCCUCCAUUGGGGCUUAGCUCCACAAAUGGACGAGGAGGCUACAAUCAUUUCUCUCUGUUGAGAUGGGCAGUGGCAUCACCAAGAGAUUGCCAUGCUAAUUCUUGUGAGUGAGUUACAAGCCUGAAGAAGCUUUCUAGCAUUUUGAUCGACAGGCAACAUAAAUAAACCAUAUGAAAAGUUGACUAAUCAUAUUUCAGGAGCUUUCUGUA